GAUUUUUUUAAACUAUUUCUCAACAGAUUUUGUUAUAAUUAAAAAUAAAAUAAAAUUCAAAUUUAGAGCUGAUUUAUUAUUAAUGUAUUAACUAAUUUUUUUAAGUGGUCUUGCUAUGAUUUGUAAUGGUGGAUAAAAAUAUGAUCCUAAAUUAAUAGAUUAGACUUUAUAUUGUUAAUUUCAAUUUUCUGGAUUAUAUGGUCCAGAUCUUUCAAAGCUCUAUGCUAAAUUUUACCACAAAGAAAAAAAGCUCUAUGCUAAAUCCGCUCCACGAGACUACGACCCUAUGACUUAGGCGUACUUUGGUCAAUUUAACUCAAAAGCUUCGUACGCACGCUGACUGUCACACAGGGUUGAAAAUAAUCCAUUUUAUUUUUUUGAACAAGGCUUGAAUAAUCCAUAAAAGCUAAUUCAUUAUAGAGUCCUCUGCUUUGCCUGUCGGACAAGAGGUAAGAAGAAAGAGGCGAAAGUAAAUGUUUAUCUGUUUCCAGUACUGUCGCUUUGUUUUUUUAUUAUUAUAUCAGAUGCAAUUUAUCCUCACAAACCCUAAUUUGCAGAACCGAUCUAGCUUUCAAGAGACAAUGUUGCCCGAGAGUGAGAACCGAGAAAAUCUCAGCAGCCCUAGCUUCAUUAAGUCUUUGUCUCUAGGACAAAACUGGAAAUCUAAAUCCAUGAGGAUUUUUCCGGAAGAGUUUGUGAGAAGCGCUGGUGAGGCGUUUGUACACAGGGUGGUGCUUUGUGUUCUCUGGAACAAUUCCUGGCAAUGUUGGCUCCAGCAAGACAAGAAUGGUCUGUUUAUGGUCGAAGAAGAUUGGGAUGAGUUUGUGGAUGACAACCUUUUAGAUACAGAUGAUAUCUUGCUCUUCACACACCAAGACACGAUGUAUUUUCAAGUGAGAAUCUUCAAGAAAGAUGGGAAAGAGAUCACUUCAGUACCUCUUGAAGGUGAACCUGAGACUCAACCAUUUCACCAGGAGACAACCCCUGCCUAUGCCUCUGCAAAUGGAGGAACAAGUAGCCGAGCAAGAAAGGGUUAUGCUCAUGUCGAAAACCCUAAGCGAUACCUCUUAAAUCCCAGAAACCCUUACUUCGAGAAGACGCUAACGAAGACGAACACAGUUCUGUAUGUGAAUACGUGGGUGAUUGAGGAGUAUGACUUGGAGUUUAGUCCUCCUAAUACCCACAUGCACUUCCUUCUUCCCGAUGGAGAAACACUCGAUGGCUACACCAAGGAUUACGGCGGUUCACAUAGUUUCCUUGGCUGGGCAGCUGUAUGUGAAAGGUGCAACUUGAGAACAGGAGACACUGUGGUUUGUGAACUUGAACUCUCAGGACGUGUGGUUGUAGCUGUUAGAGUGCAUUUACUCGAUGAAUGACAAGUCAACUCUACUCUCCUUGUUAGUCAGGUCUCUAAACAUUAGUUUUAACCCAACUUAUUGUAAUGUUAGAUGUAAUCUCUAUGUUGGUUUAACCAAUUUGUAACACUAAAAAAUGUGAUCCUUAUAACAAACUUGCAAAUGCUAAAUUUUUUGUUCUUUUGCUU